ACCAUAGUAUCUCCCGGUCCCGUUCCCGAUACAAAAAAAAAAACAUUUUGAUUUUUGAGUAGUUGAAAUAUAUUUUGUUGAUUCUGAAAAAAUAAUUUGAAAUUGUUUUAAUUUGGCCGAAAUGACUUCAAAAAGACCUACCAAAGUCUGUCAAUAUGCUGAAAAUUGUUAUCGCAAAAAUCCAAUUCAUUUUGGAGAAUUUGCACAUCCGCAUCUCGAUGAUAUCUACGAUAAAGGAUUUAAUGAAUCAACUGGAGAAUAUACAAUUCCAGAUAGAUUGUUGAUGUCCAAAGAUGUGAUUUUGCUUCAGCUGAAAUUGCUGGAGAAAUUAUUUCCAAAAGCAAAGGGUUCCACAAAAAAAACUUCAGGUGAAACGCCGACAACGUGUAAAACAGCAAAGGAAAAGCCUGCUGAAAGAAUUGUCGAAGGAGGAGGAUAUGUUUUAGGAUCUUCCAAAACAGAACCUUCAAAAAUGAAAUCAGAUGAUGGUAAAUUUUCACGUGGACGCAGUCCACAACCUGUUGCUGGCACUUCAAAGGCAGCCACAACCUCAACAACUGAUGGAUCGAAUCUUUCAAAGAAACCAAAAAUUAAUCGAGACAUCAAAGAUUACAUUCCAGUUGUAUUACCAAAAGGACAAGCGGCAGCUAAAUUGGAGAAAGCUGCUCCUUAUAAUAUGUUCCUUACGGCUAUUACCAAUUCGAAGCCUACUCAUAGUGAGCCAUUGACAAUAACUCUUCAAGAAAUUCUUGAUGAAAGUUUGGGAGAAAUUGAAAUGUCUCUUCAGAUCAAUUUCAUGGUAGACAUUGGUUGGCUUCUGGGUCACUAUUAUUUUGCAGGAAUACUAGAAAAGCCUUUAAUUGUACUCUAUGGAGAUGAAACACCUGAGCUGAAAACAAUUUCGCAGCAUAAACCUCAAGUGACAGCUAUAAAAGUAAAUAUGCCAACACCAUUUGCUACCUCUCACACAAAGAUGAUGUUAUUUGGCUAUAAAGAUGGUUCUAUGCGUGUGGUAAUAUCGACAGCAAAUAUGUACGAGGACGACUGGCAUAAUCGAACCCAAGGACUGUGGAUCAGUCCCAAACUUCCAGCACUGCCCGAAGGUUGCGAUACAUCGAUUGGGGAAAGUAAGACAAAUUUCCGUUCGGAUUUGAUGUUCUAUCUUGUCGAAUACAAGUUACCAAAAUUACAGCCAUGGAUGGCUAGGAUAAGAAAAACAGAUUUCAGUGAAAUUAAUGUGUAUCUGAUAGCAUCAGUACCAGGAGGCCAUCGUGAAGGUAAUCGUGGCCAUCCAUGGGGUCAUGCUCGUCUCGGUCAGGUGCUAUCAAAUACUUGCGCUCCGAUAGAUGAAAAUUGUCCAAUAGUUUGCCAAAGCUCAUCCAUUGGCAGUCUCGGACCCAACGUUUCAGCAUGGAUACAAAAUGAUUUCCUAAAUAGUCUGCGCAAAGACUUGAAACCUCUUGGCUUGCGCAGGAUUCCACAAUUUAAAAUGAUUUAUCCCAGCUAUGGAAAUGUUAAAAAUAGUCACGAUGAUUUACUAGGUGGAGGUUGUUUGCCCUAUGGCAAAAAUGUCGAUGACAAACAGCCUUGGCUGAGAGAGCAUUUGCAUCAAUGGAAGUCGAAAGCACGACACAGGUCUCAAGCCAUGCCACAUAUCAAAAGUUAUACUCGGUGGUCAGAUGAGGGGGUUUAUUGGUUUGUUCUUACUUCGGCCAAUUUAUCAAAAGCCGCAUGGGGAGCUUUUAAUAAAAAUACUAAUAUGGGACAAUGCCUAAGGAUAGCUAACUUUGAAGCAGGAGUUCUAUUUGUACCAAAAGUUAUGAUUGGAGAAAAUACAUUCCCAAUGAAUACAAGUAGGAACGGGGUACCGCCAUUCCCAAUGCCAUAUGAUGUUCCUCUCACCAAAUAUGGUCCUGAUGAUAAACCAUUCCUAAUGGACUAUUUAAGGGCUUAAUUUAGUAUAAAUUUGUUUGCGAAGUUUUUGUUUUGUGCUUGAAAUUUUUUUUUAUUAUUUUGUGCGUAAAAUGUCAGUAUAUUACAAGUUAAUGUUAUGGGGAUCUAUUUUUACAUUAAAAAUA